AUGGUGCAUGCAUCCGGAAAGACAAGGACUUCCUUAGCAGGCUCGUUGAGACAGGUGCCACAGAAAGUUCUGGUUGCCAUUUGGAAAACCACGUACACUCGUCAACUACUGAUGUGCUGCAGAAUAUCUUGUUCUCAUCAAAUGAUUCAUGGCAUGCAAACGAGAAGUUACCGUUAGAUCACUUUACUGCAUUACCCGAAGAUGGUUUGUUCUUCACAUUUCCUUGAGCGCAUUAAGGAACUGCAAAGUACUGCUAGUGAGAUAUCACUAGAGCUUAAUGAUGCUGUACGAGCACUUGGUGAUCUCCACUUGAAGCACAGACAGCUGACAGAGAAGCACCAUGAAGAGAGAUAUUUAAAUGCUCGAAGCAAAGCUGAACAGAAACGCCUUAAAGUGGAGUUGGCAAGUGCUGCUGCUGAGUUGGAAGAAAGCAACCACAAAUUGGCAGUUCUCAAAGCACAGGGAGACACGACACAUGGAACUCCAAUCUUAUUUCCAACUUUAGGAAAUAAAAGCUUCCCUCAGGAUAAUGUCAGAGACAAACAAAAGGAAUUGCAGGAUCUAGGGGCUUCUCACAAGGAGUUUACGGGUCUGAUUUCACAACGCCUGGCGGAAAUAAGGAGACUUCAUGAAGAGAGAAUUGAAAUUUUGAACAAGUUGGCUACUUUUCAGAACAUUUUGACGGAUUUGAAGAGCAUUUCUUCUUCAAAAGCUUUCCAAGUUCUGAAGGAUCAACUCCAGAAGUCACAAGCAGAGUUGGACCACUGCCGGACACUAUUAGAGAAAUUACAGGUUAAUAAGGAUAAAUUGAUAUGGCAAGAAAGGGAAAUUAAUGUAAAAGUUGAUCUGUCUGGAAUUCCUCAUAGGGUAUCUCUCAAUUGUGAGUCAACCCUUGCAGUUUUAGAUCAGAAUCUACGGAAAGUAGUUGAUGAAAAGAAUAUGCUUGCACUGAAACUUGAAGAAUCUUCGAGAGAACCUGGUCGGAACCAAACCAUAUCAGAAUUUAAAGCGCUGGUGUCAUCACUGCCAGAAGAAAUGGGCGCUAUGCAAACUGAACUAUCUAAGUACAAGGAUGAUGCUUCAGAAUUGCAUUCUUUACGAGCUGAAGUUCGCUCCAUUUCUGAUAUUCUGGCUAGAAAUGAGCAUGCCAUCAACGAAUCAUUAUGUAAAUCCACUCGUGCUGGACCUGAAGCAAGGGAUCUACGGUCCAGGGUUCGUGAACUAAGGCAAACGAAUUGCGAGUUAAAGCUCUUUGUGGAAAUGUAUAAGCGCGAAUCUACUGAUUCAAGAGAUGUGCUGGAGUCGAAAGAUAGAGAAUACUGUGAAUGGGCUCGUGCCCAUAGCCUCAAAUCUUCUCUUGAUGAUAGUAGGCUAGAACAGCGUGUUAAGGCAGCCAUCGAAGCUGAAGCAACGUCUCAGCAGAGACUAGCAAGUGGUGAAGCUCAGAUUGCUGAAUUAAGGGGGAAGAUGGAGAGUGCCAGAAGAGAUAUUGGUAGUUUAUCUGAAUUAUUGAAAUCAAAGCAUGAAGAAGGUGAAGCGUACCUGUCAGAGAUUGAGAGUAUUGGGCAAGCAUAUGAAGAUAUACAAACACAAAAUCAACAAUUGCUACAGCAAAUUAUCGAGAGAGAUGACCACAAUACAAAGAUCUUUAUGGAAGGCGUUAAGGUGAAACAGGCACAGGAUACUUUGCAUUUAGAGUUAUGCAAUCUGAACAGGAAUUUACGGCAGGCAAAGGGUUUGAUGGAUCUGUACAAAGAUAAAAUCGCCCAGUUAGACGACAAGUUAAAAGUUUGGUCAGAGCAGACAGCGAGACUUUCGGAGGAUGGACGGCGACAUUCUGUUUCUUCAGGCAAUGCUCAAAGAAAGCUGGCGGAUGUAUUGGGAGAGGCUCAACAAUUGAGACAGUCCAUGGAUCAAGUACAAUCCAAUGUUGGGAGGAGUCGACUAGGAGUUGCUGGGCUUCUUGUAGAACUAGAGAAGGAUAGGUUUAGUAAGAGGAGAACUGAGGAUGAUUUGGAAUCGUUAUCAAGGAAAGCUAGUUCUCUUAGAGCAAAGACAGAGGGAUCGUCGGUGUUGGAAAAGGUUCAUCAGGAGGUGAAUGAGUACAGGGGAAUAUUGAAAUGUGGUGUCUGUCGCGACCGACAGAAAGAGGUCGUGAUUACCAAGUGCUACCAUCUUUUCUGCAACGACUGUAUACAGAAGUUGCUCAGAAACCGCCAGCGAAGGUGCCCUUCCUGUGCAUUAAGCUUUGGGGCUAAUGAUGUGAAGCCGAUUUAUAUAUGAUGCAGCGGUGGCAGCUGUCGUGGGUCAUCUAGGACAAGUGACUGAACGCCCCAUGUUUGGGGUUCUUGGUGGCAUGAUCCUUCAGUUGGAAAUUGUAGCUUAAAUUUCUGCAAGGCGGACCCAUAGCAUACGUUAGGCUGCCGGCACAAUGCCUGUGGCUUAUGCUAUGCAAGUGUGGCUUCCCGCUCCUUUGUAAAGUGUGGAAUUUUCUUGUUGAAAUAGCUGCUAGUCUUAGCUUGCAUAUACAAUGUGUUAUUUUGCUUGACAUAUCCAAGGAUGAGGAGUUUGUGACUCCGAAAACAUACCAUAGGUUGUAUUGACAUAUAUGGAUGGAUUGUAGUUCCUUUUGUUGUAGGUGAUGUUGAGUAUGUAGCUUUUGGCCGUUCGUUUCA